AUGGAAGCCCUCUCGCGUCGCGAAGAGGAGGAAAUUGAGACCGCCGCCAAGAAUGAGGCGCUCAAGAAGUGCGACGAGAAGGUCCGCGCCUUCGCCGAGUGCGCCACUGGCCGUACGUUCACUGUCCCCUUUGCUUGCGCGUCGCAGUACAAGGCCUUGAACGACUGCCUGAAGCUCGAGGUCAACGAGGAACGCCUCGACGAGCUCAAGCUCGAGUACAUUGCCAACCGGUCCGAGAAGGGUCGCCAGGCCGUCGACGCGCUCAUCGCUGAGCGCAGGCUGAAGCUCCUCAAGCUUGCGGGCAAGAAGGACGAGGCGUCUGUCCUUCAGGCUGAGAUUGAGGCCAGGAAGAGGGCUGCCUAG